UGCAAGACAAGAAAAUUAAAAGAAAAGGAGCACAAGGCAAGAAGCGAGGAGCGAUAUAAAUAGACGAGUGGUGGUUGGCUUUGGCUCUAGCUGCUCCUACUAGCUACCAAUUUCUUACACGAGCUAAUAAGGCUAGAGUGCAAGCCCCCCUGCCUGUUCGGGUUCGGUGAGGGAGUCGAGUCGAUUGGCACCGAGCUACCAGCUAGCAGCAGGACGAUGCAGCAGGGGGACCAGAUGGAGUGCGGCGGCAAGGAGGAGCAGCUGCUGCAGCUCGUGUGCGUGCGGAGCGCGUCGACGGGCGAGGAGGCGAUGGCGGAGUGGGCGGCGGAGCAGUCGUCGUCGCGGUCGGCGCUGUCGCUGUUCAAGGAGAAGGAGGCGGAGAUCGAGCGCAGGAAGCUGGAGGUGCGGGACAAGGUGUUCUCCAUGCUGGGCCGGGUGGAGGAGGAGAGCAAGCGCCUCGCCUUCAUCCGCCAGGAGCUCGAGGUCAUGGCCGACCCCACGCGCCGGGAGGUCGACGCCAUCCGCAAGCGCAUCGACAAGGUCAACAAGCAGCUCAAGCCGCUCGGCAAGACGUGCCUCAGAAAGGAGAAGGAAUACAAGAUGUGCCUCGACGCCUACAACGACAAGAGCAACGAGAAAGCUACGCUCGUCAACAGGCUCAUGGAGCUCGUGAGCGAGAGCGAGAGGCUGCGGAUGAAGAAGCUUGAAGAGCUCAACAAGACGAUAGAGUCCCUCUACUAGAUCUGCUCUGCACGCCUCAAGGGACGACGAAGACGAAGACGAAGAUGCCGAUCCGGUAGUAGUCCGGAGGCACCACAGGAGGAGCAGAGCAUGCAUUGCUGGUUGCAUGCUCCACGUGCAACUUUUUCAGGCGACGUGGGUGUGAUUGAAUUUGUUGCUUUACAUUUGUGUGCUAGCUUUGUAACGGGUGGUCAGGCUAGAGUACUGUUGCACUCUCUGGGCAUGUAAUGCAACUGCUCUGGCGCAGCGUCACAGCCGUGCUAGGUGCGCAAACGGACAUUUCUCACAUUCUCAAAAACAUUAAAACAAGAUCGAUGCUCGAGUGGAGACUACUCAAA